AUGCCCGGGAGCUUGGCGGGACUCGGGCUGGGGCUGGCGCUCGCCUUAGCCCUGCUGCUGCUGCUGCUGCUGCGCGGAGCCUGCUCCGGGUCCGGGGAGCCGCUGGACGCCGGAGGACAGUGCCGGCCGCCUGGAUCGCAGGGAGACCUGAACUCAUUUCUCUGGACCAUUCAUCGGGACCCUCCUGCCUACCUGUUUGGCACCAUCCAUGUUCCAUACACACGAGUCUGGGACUUCAUCCCAGACAAUUCGAAGGCAGCAUUUGAGGCCAGCGCCCAGGUCUAUUUUGAGCUCGACCUCACUGACCCCUACACCAUUUCAGCCCUGGCCAGCUGCCAGCUGCUGCCUCAUGGUGAGAACCUGCAGGAUGUGCUGCCCCGGGAGCUCUACAGGCGUCUCAAGCGCCACUUGGACUAUGUGAAGCUCAUGAUGCCCACCUGGAUGACGCCCGACCAGAGGGGCAAAGGCCUGUAUGCCGAUUACCUGUUUAAUGCCAUUGCUGGUAACUGGGAGCGCAAGCGUCCAGUCUGGGUGAUGCUCAUGGUGAACUCACUCACUGAGACCGAUGUGCGCUCUCGAGGCGUCCCCGUGCUGGACCUCUACCUAGCGCAGGAGGCCGAGCGCAUGAAGAAGGGGACGGGAGCCGUGGAGCGGGUUGAAGAGCAGUGUCACCCACUCAAUGGUCUCAACUUCUCCCAGGUGCUGUUUGCGCUGAAUCAGACUCUGCUCCAGCACGAGAGUCUCAGGGCGGGAAGUCUGCAGGCCCCCUACACCACGGAAGACCUCAUCAAGCACUACAAUUGUGGAGACCUCAACUCUGUCAUCUUCAACCAUGACACAUCGCAGCUCCCCAACUUCAUCAACACCACGCUGCCGCCCCACGAGCAGGCCACGGCCCAGGAGAUCGACAGCUACUUCCGCCAGGAGCUCAUCUACAAGCGAAACGAGAGGAUGGCUCGGCGGGUCAUGGCGCUGCUGCGCGAGAAUGGGGACAAGAGUUUCUUCUUUGCCUUCGGUGCAGGUCAUUUCCUGGGGAACAACACUGUGAUUGACGUCCUGCGCCAGGCUGGGUUCGAGGUGGAGCACACCCCACCAGGGAAAGUUGUGCACAGUUCCAGCCCCCGGAGUUCCCAGCCCCCUUCUCCGGAUCCUGUAGUGACCCUGGCUCCCACGAUGUCACUCAUGGAGCAGAGCCCAUCCUCCUCACUGGCCUCCACGCCUCCUGGGCCAGGGGACGAGGAGGAGGAAGAUGAUGACCUUCUGUCACCCCAUCUCCUGCUCUCCGACAGCCUUAGUCAGCUGGAAGAGUUUGGGCGACAGAAGAAAUGGCGGCGGAAGCAUCACAAACAGCACCGGCCGCGGCAAUUCAACGACCUGUGGGUCCGGAUCGAAGACAGUACAACCACAGCACCUUCCCCAUCCAAGGCUACUAACGGCUAUGACACUGCCAAGCCUUCCACUAGGUUUGCCAAACAGCUGGAACAUCGGCCACCACCAGCCCCACCGGAACCCCCAGGGCCCUCCAGAAGCUCAGCCUCAGUCGCCUCUCUCCUGACUUCCUUCCUUCUCAUCACGACUGGCACCAUCCUCCUGCGUAUGGUGGGGCCGUCCUGAUUUCCAUCGAUCCCAGGUGCAAUAGCUGGAGUAGAGACUGUGGUAAUUUAUGAAUUGAUUCUGAGGGUGUGGCUAUCCUCCUCUGCCCCCUGGAGAGCUCCUGGGGCUAUCUCCCAGUAUCCCAGGAGGAUUCUGGCCUCCUGGGGAGGGCUCGACACAUUUCUGGGAAACACUAAAAGCUUUCUCGUGAUACUGACUUACAUCUUCUUUUUUGUAGAAGGAUCUUAAUUUCCCCUAGUACUAUGGGGCUUGUUUUGUAAUAUAUUUGUCCGUGUUUAAAAAAAAGCAUAUUUAUUCUAUGAUAAACUUAUUUUUAUGAUGUAUAUGUUAAUAAUACACUUAUUAAACUGUAUUGCCGACCACCUAGCUAAAUGAAUAUUUCCUAUCUGUGACUUUAACAUCUUCCUCCCUAAGGGUCCAGAGCAAGCUUUAGACUGGGCAAGGGCAGUCACUUUUUGUAUUUUGCCUCCCCCAGGGACUAUGAGAUUGAAGUGAUUGCCCGCGCUCUGUGGGAAUUGGGCUGAUCGACUCUGGCAUGACAUGUGGUUUCAACCCAAGGUCUGGGAGGAUGAAUGUUAGGAAGGGAAGCCCCUCAACCCCAACCCUGGGAAAUAGCUGCCCCGGUGGGGGGUCUCGGGCUCAGUGAGGUGGGCGAGGGUGCCUUGUCCCAUCACUGGGAGGACUUUUGCUCAUGCAUACGCUGCUACUGUGAAAGCCCGGAGCAGUCACUGAAUUUACCUUUGAAUUCACCUGGGACCCCCAGGCAAGCGACUUGACCAAAGUAUGGGAUGAGUGGUGUUCCUUCAUGUGGCCGUGAGGCCAUGAAGGAAGAAGGAUGCCCCAGAGUUAGAAGAAAGCUUUGAGAUCAUCAAGCACCGCCCCAUUGUUUUUUAGUGAUGGGGAUUGAGGUUCAGAGAGAGGAAGGGUCUUGUCCAGGGUUACGUAAGAGAAGGUAGACUAGAGCGUAGGUCAGGAGAAAGAGGAGAAAUAUAUCUCAGAAGGAAGCCCUGGAAAAGAGAGAAAAUGAGUAAUAUUGUCCCCAUUUGACAGAUGGGAAAACUUAGGCCAAGCAACUUGAAUUAACUCACCUAAAAUCACAUAAAGAAAGACUUUCAGAGGAUUUAGAAAUCUUCACAUCUAAUUCCUUUAUUUCACAGAGAGGGAAACUGAGGUCCGUGGAGGGGCAGGGACUUAUUCAGGUCUCACAGUGGGUGAAAAACUCUUGAGGUUUGGGGCCAACUGGACAAGGUGGUCUUACCAUAGAGGUCUCUGAAAUUUAGAGCCAGAGGAAACUUUAGAGAUGGCAAGCAGCUGAGGCUUGAGAGGGUAAGGAAGGCAAGCCAGGGCUGGAACCCAGGGCUUUGAAUUCCCAGACCUGAAAUGUUUCUACUCUGUCCAGAUGAGGAUUCAGGUCUCUAUGCAACGCUGCUCAUCCAUGGAUGGAAGCAGAGGGCAGGGGGCAGGGGCAUGGAGGGGUCCUGGGCUUAGAAGAGAGACGGAGGAUACCCUUCACUUUCUCCAAUCCCUUCCUGAGCUCAAAUGAUGGAGAGGCCAGAUGGGCACAAAGCAGGGGUUAGGAUGUGAAUUCUGUAAGGGCAGAGGCCCCAGUCAGGCCUGUGGCAGACCUAAUUCUAAGGCCAGGAUCAGGGCUUAGCCUGGGACCUCGGUCAAAGUUUGCUCUACAAUUGAAGUCGGACUUGGUCUAGGGCCAGAAUCAGGGUCAAUGAAAAGCUAGUGUUGGGUCCUGAUCUAUAAUGAGAGUUCUGUGGCAAACUCAGCUUUCCUAUCAUGACUGGCCCAUCAAGGACACACUUGCCCCCUGAGUCAAUCAGUUGGCCAAUCACCGGAGCUCUUUCCUGAGUCCUCACAGUGCCUAUAUCUGUGCCUGGGUGCCGAAUAGGAGAACUGAGCUCCUGCCUUCUGGGAGCUCCCAGUCUGGUGACGGAGAAAAUCCACAUGCCAGAAGCCAUCCUACAAAAGAAAUCAUGGCGAAUCCUCCAGGUGACCUUUGAAGACAUUAAGUUCUGCAGCAGAUAGUAAGUGCUGUGAGUUUCUAUACAAGCUAAGCUCAGCUCAGGGAAAUCUAGGGCACUUGGAGUAGGCUUCCUGGAGGAGGAGGCCCUUGCUUAGGGCUCAAGCUUAAGAAAAGGAAUGGCUUCAUUUGAAUAGAAGUGAAAGCCUGUUUCUGGACCUUGUCAAAGCUGCUUCCCCAUGUACCAUCCUGGACCUCAGUCUCAGUGACCAAGCUUCAGGAAGAGAUCUCUGGAGCAACACAAGGAUGCUGCCUUUGGGGUAAGGCAAGAUGCCAAUAGACAGGAAUCAGAGAAGCUCAGGAUCUCAGACUGGAAGGGACCCCAUCGGUGUAACCCCAUGAACAACAAUCCCUGCAACAGUUACCUUGAUGGAUAAUCAGCCAACCUCUCACUGAAGGAAAGGGAAGCUCACUACCUCUCAAAGCCGCCCAUGUCUCUUUGGGACUACUGAUGAUUAGACUGUAAAAAUCUCUGUUUCCCUAACCUGAGUAAUCCUUUGUAAUGAGGCAAAGAGGAAUGCUGGAAACAACUGAAUUUAGAGUCAGAGGAUCAUAUAUUUAGAACUCUAGGCUACCUUGGAGAUUGCUUGGUUCACUCCCUACUCCCCCCACUCAACUUCUCUCCCCAUCCUCCACCCCCCACUUUACAGAGGAAGGGAUCAAGGUCUAGAGAGAGCAAGUGAUUUGUCCAAGGUCACACAAAUAUAAUAUGGCAGAGCUGAGCUUUGAGUGAGGUUUUCUAACUCCAAAUCCCCCGGUCUUUCCACAUCGCCAUGCUCCCAGAGCUUGGGUCUAAAUUAUGGCACCGGGGGCAGCUAGGUGGCGCAGUGGAUAGAGCACUGGCCCUGAAGUCAGGAGGAC